AUGCCACUUCAAUCAUCUCCACUGCUGAAUAUCUCACUGCCUGAGCCUAUUGUGUUGCCAACAGCACAACUGGCAGGUCUAUAUGUUUGUAUGCUCGGUAUCGACUACGUCCUGCUUCGCUACCAGAAUAAAUUGUUUGUAUCCAGAAAGACACUUCGAGCUGGAAUGACAAUUGUACAUGCCAUUGUGCCUCUCGCCAUAGUAUCGCCUUUGCAGCCAAAUAAUGUUACAUUUGCUGCUGUGCCGUGGUUUCUGGCUUCGUAUAGUGCAUACCUACCUACAGAAAAGUUCACUCUGACUGAAUGGAUAAAGGCUUUAUACAAUACCAUCGUGGAUCGCUCAACGAUCGCUCCAGAUAGUAGAAUGAGCGUCAAUGCACUAGGCCUCUUGAAAUGUUUGAGAGGUGUUGUCAAGUUGGCUACCCUUUAUUUUGGUGUGGAACCCUUUCUGCCAACAAUGCCUGAUGACAUGUUGAGAUAUCCUUGGCUGAGCAAGGAGAAUUUGCUGGAUACAUUCCUGUUUGGACUAAAAGCCUACUUGAUUUUGGGCGUCGUUGAUGUAACAACUGGAUUAGCUCAAACUGUAACUGGAUGGCGUAUGAUUGACAUGUUUGAUUCGCCUUUGCUGGCAACCAGCCCAAGAGACUUCUGGAGUAAUCGCUGGAAUAAAACAGUUCGCAAUCUUCUGCAUAGUCAAGUUUUUUCUACUCAAACAGACACAGAUUUAAAGAAAGACGACGAAAUGAAGGCAGUGCAGGUACCAGAUGGGUUCCUUUCGACAAAGCAAGGCCGAGGAUUGAUGGCAUUCGUAGUGAGUGGCGCAUUCCACGAACUGAUCAUCUGUAGUGUCUGCCGAAAAGUGACAUUAGAGAAUUUCUGCUUUUUCACUUUGCACGGUUUAGCAUGUAUGCUGGAAGUACAAUAUUUCAACACGAAACAGCAGCCAACGGGUUGGAAACGAGCAGCCAGGAUUGCACUCAAUUUGGGCUUUUUGGCAUUGACAGGCCGUUUAUUUCUGGCGCCUUUUCUCAGAACCAGAUUCACUGAGAUUUUGCCCAUCACACAUAGCUUAAACCUCAUGCAUUGA